CUAAUUGAAUCCGUUUAUAAAAAGGGAACGGUAACCGCCUCCUUCGCAUUCACAACAUCAUCAUUAUUCAUUUUCAAACCCGUCUUGUCUUCCUCAUCCUCAUCCUCAUCCUCCCAAUGGGUUCUUGUUUGUCUUCCUCGAGUUCCGCCAUCAUCGAUCAGAAGCAGCAGCAGCUGGCCUACGUGAUCUCAAUCAGUGGAGAGCUCCGUCAGUACAGCGUUCCCAUCAACGUCUCCCAAGUUCUUCAAUCAGAGAAUAUUGACAUGCCUUCCACCUCCUUCAUCUGCAAUUCCGAUCGUCUUUACUUUGACGAUUUCAUACCUUCUCUCGAUUCCCAAUACCAGCUUCUCCCCGGUCAGAUCUACUUCGUCCUACCUUCUUCCAAGCUUCAGUAUCGCCUCAGUGCCUCCGACAUGGCUGCUCUUGCCCUCAAGGCUAGUGCUGCUCUCGAGGAACUCAACAAAAACGUCAAACGCCCAAGCAAGUUUAGGAAGAACAGUAAAAAGAGCAAUUCUCGAAUUUCACCCAUGCUUCUCCAAGUAGAAGAUGCGGAAUCACCAGAUUAUAGUCAAAGCCGUCAAAGCAAUAGCAAGACCUCGACGACCACAGUAGGCCUUGGGGUUUCCAUGAGAUCUGCGUCUGUCAGAAAAUUGCAGCGAUUAUCUUCACGACGGGCAAAGAUGGCUGUCCGCUCCUUCCGCAAGCUUAUGACCAUUCAAGAAGGAUCUGUUCUCUUGUUUAAUUAGUUCAUUAUAUUAAAUAUAUUAUUUUUUUCUUUUUUCUUUUUGGCCAGAUCGAUGAGUAACGUGCAUCCAUAUAGUGUCUCUCACUAUUCUCUCGCUCUACAUGUAAAUAUAUACAAAACAAACAAAUAUAUGAGGGAGUUGCACAGCAUAAGAUCAAAUUCCGCUGUAUGUAGACUUUAUUUACUUGUUGACAAGAGCAACUAAUGUAUUAGUUAACCUUUUUGUUCGA